AUGAAAAAUAAGAUUCCUUUCUCUUUCACGCUCUGCUUUUUAGACACUAAUGAAAGACUUGUCAACAAAAAUAGCAACGAAGUUGAAAUGAAAGGCAAAAAGCUUUUUGCAUCUUACUUUUCACCGACCGGACGCUCCGCCCUCGCCGGCAUCCUCUUCGGCCUCCUGCCUUCUCCGCCCUCCGCUCUCCGCCCUUCUGACAAACAGCGCCGCGUCGCCCUGCGAAAACAUAUAAAGGGCCACGUGGCCCCACGGCGGACGUUACCCUCGCCGCGAGGCGGGGAACGGGGUCAGCGUCAAGAGCAAGCGAAGCCCACGGGGCCGCUGGGCUGGAGGGAAGCCCGACAUCUGUCCGAAGAGUCGCGUGUUCAAGUCCCACCUUGGGCAUGGUUGUCCUUUGUCUCACAUCUGCAAGUAACUCCAAGCAAACGAUUUAUUGCUUGGGUCAGAGCGGAGCAGUCACAAAAAGAAUUUACUUCAACGACGGACGAAGGGGAAAGAGCAGUUAUUAAGUUGGAGAAAGCGCAGUUCGUCGUUGCGCCAGAAAUCACCCUUUUGUUAGAAUCGUGGACAAAGAGUAAAGUAGUAAGUGAUCUCGCUAGUCCUGCAGCUGCACCAGCCUAUGCAGAUGCAACAUUGUGGCCGAAGUACAAUUUUAGAAAAGCUAGUGAAAAACUCCCAUCAAUGGAGCUGCUUUGGUAA